GAAAAAUAAAAUAAAAUAAAAUAAAAACACUUUUAGCCAUGGAAGAUCACCAUGAAAAGCCUCCCGUUUGUGUGCUUGAUGCCUCCAACUACGUUGGUUUUUGGAUUCUUAAAGGUCUCCUGAAUAAAGGGUACACAGUUCAUGCGGCUAUCCAACCAAAUGGAGAGAAGGAGAUACAGAAGGAGAUAAAGGAGAUGGAGAAAGUGAAUGAGAAAUUGUGUGUGUUUGAAGUUGAUGUUUUUGAUUACCAAAGUAUUCUUGUUUCUUUGAAGGAUUGCAGUGCUUUGUUUUGCUGUUUAGAUAGCCCAGAAGGAUAUGAUGAUUUAAUGGUGGAUAUGGAAGUGAGAGGGGUGAUAAAUGUAGUUGAAGCUUGUGCUCAAACUGAAACCAUAGAGAAGAUUGUGUUCACUUCUUCUUUAACAGCUGCAAUUUGGAAAGAAGAUAUUGGUUCAGAGACAGAUGUUGAUGAAAGGUCUUGGAGUGACCAUGAAUUCUGCAGAAAAAUGAAGUUAUGGUAUGCUCUAGCAAAGACCCUCUCUGAACAGGCUGCCUGGGCUCUAGCCAUGGAUAGAAUGCUCUGCAUGGUUUCCAUAAACGCCGGGCUAGUUGUAGGACCAAGUGUCACCCAACAAAACCCGGGCUCAACAAUGUUCUACCUCAAAGGUGCUGCUGAAAUGUACGAGAACGGAGUCCUAGCAUUUGUCAAUGUAAACUUCUUAGCGGAUGUACAUAUUCGUGUCUUCGAGGAUCGAUCAACGUGUGGGCGAUAUUUCUGCUUCAAUCAGAUUGUGAGCACUGAGGAACAAGCUUUUAAGCUUGCACAAAGCUUGAGUCCUUUGAUUCCUUUACCUCCAAGGUAUGAAUGUAAAGGAAGUGAAGUGUAUCCUGAGAGACUGAAAACCAAAAAACUGAACAAACUGGUUGAGGAUGCUGCCUGCUGCUAAACAGAAUUUUAUUAAUUUCUCUUUUUAAAAAAUAUUAUCUUGUGUAUAUUUUGUUUUUAAUUAUUUGGUUUAAUUUGAGAAGUAAUUCCCAUAAACAUAGUGUAAGUCUCGAGGCUAUGAUUGGAUUCCAUCCGAGUUGUUCAAGCUCAAAUUUAGAUUUGGAUUGAACGAAUCGAGUUCGAACAAAAAAUUGAACUCGUUUUUGUAAAAUGUGCUGAUCCAAACAUUUAAGUUUGAGUUGAUUUACGUCAUGUUGAGGAUGUAAUUUGAAAAAAAUAAAAUCAAUGAUAAAUUUGUGAAAUAUUUUUCA